AUGCUGGUCAGUAACGAGGUCCGUAUAGACACGUGUACCGUCCAGCAGGCCCUCCUGGUCACCCCCCUGCAGCAAGAGAACGCCGCCCUGGUGGCCGCCUUGCAGGUCAUCAUGGGAGGCAAUGAACAGGUGCGCCUUAUGAACGGCACCCGACCAUGGAAUGGAAGAGUUGAGGUGAAGUAUUACAACGGCACCUGGGGAACAGUGUGUGACGACAGUUUCUCUACUUCGUCUGCUGUUGUCGUCUGCAGAAUGUUGGGACUGACCAGACAAACACCUGUCGUGUACAGCUCCGCAUUCUACGGCGCGGGUUCGCUUCCCAUUCUGCUGGACGAUGUCACGUGUCUUGGCAACGAGACCAACAUCUUUAGCUGCAGCCACAGACCGUGUGUAGCUCCCGGCUACGGUUUGCCUGAAUUCAUUAUCUGGGCACUGAUAAGGACGAGAUACUUUUUGCAAAAAGAUAGGGAAUUAAAAUGCCACGAAACAACAUUGUUUCUAUCUUCAAGCCAUUGUCAAACGUGUGUCAUCUUCAAGUAUCAUUUCAACAGAAAAAGGCCGCUGCAGGAUUGUGUACAGUUCACAACCUUCAUAAAAAAACUAAGAAUGAAUUUUGCAUACGGACUCGUCAUUAUCGCAGUCUCUACAUCAGUGUGUAACGGCUACUACUGGACACGAGACUCGCCCACCAACGGCAGCGUCUACCACGCGUGUGUAGGCGACUCCAUCACCAUUCCCUGGGCUGUCGUCACCUCCACCUUUGAAAGUGUCAACGACGUGGAGUGGUACUUCUCAGCAGUGAAGACGGGAGGGAACAUGGAGCAUCUUGCCAGUUACAUCAAUGGCGACUUUUUUGUGUCCCACUCGAGCCGCAAGCGAGUGAGCUUUGUGACAAACGCAGGUUUGAGGAUCAGCGACGUGACUCAAGAGGAUUUCGGCGACUACAUCGUCCACAUCGUCAUCAACAGCAAUUCAUCUUUUGUGACUGACUCCAGAUACGUGUCUCUACACCUGCCAGAGCCCCAAGCAGCUGUAGACCGACAAUUACACGCUCGGAUGCUAACGAGCGCCGUGCAGGUGUCCGGAGACUGGCGCGUGCAGCUGGCGUGCAGCGGGUUCGACUCUUGGGGCUCCCUGCUUUUCUCUGUUUACUGGAGAACUCCAUCUGGACGAUUUGUAAACAGUAGCAUCUCCGGAUUGGGCGAAGAAAUGUUGACCUUGACCAACCCGGUAGAGGAGGGCAACUACUUCUGCUACCUGGACAUUCACGACCCCAUGUCCAGGUGUGUCUACGAUGGUCCCACCUUUGCGGUCAGCAACGAAGUGCACGUGGACAACUGCUCUGUGCAGCAGACGAUUCUUCGUAGUUCGUUUGAGAAACAAAAAGCAGAACUUCAGCUUGUUAUAAAUAGAGACUCAAUCCGCCUUGUCGGCGGAAGUCGACCCUGGAGAGGACGAGUUGAAGUGUGGUACAACGGAACCUGGGGAACAGUCUGCGACGAUGGUUUCGAUGUGCGGUCUGCUGUUGUCAUCUGCAGAAUGUUACAAUUUCACGGAGAAACUCCUGUUGUGCACUCAUCCGCGCACUAUGGCGAGGGUACGUUGCCGAUUCUACUGGACGACGUGAUGUGCAGAGGCAAUGAAACGAACAUCUUGGACUGUACCCACAGUCCCAUCGGUGUCAGCAACUGUCGUCACAAUGAAGAUGCUGGAAUCGACUGCCUGCCGAGCAUUAGUAACUUCUUCAAGAAAGCGACCAAUGGACAGAAUGUCCAAACCUACCUCUGCAAAGCAGCCCAGGAUUUCACAGAAAGCUGUAGUCUUGCAUGCUAUUGCCAAACGUCAGCCAUCUAUUCUACAGCUAUCAUACAAAAGGCGGCUGCAGGAUUGUGUACAGUUCAAAACCUUCAUAAAAAACUAAGAAUGAAUUUUGCAUACGGACUCCUCAUUAUCGCAGUCUCUACAUCAGUGUGUCGCGGCUACUACUGGACACGAGACUCGCCCACCAACGGCAGCGUCUACCACGCGUGUGUAGGCGACUCCAUCACCAUUCCCUGGGCUGUCGUCACCUCCACCUUUGAAAGUGUCAACGACGUGGAGUGGUACUUCUCAGCAGUGAAGACGGGAGGGAACGUGGAGCAUCUUGCCAGUUACAUCAAUGGCGACUUUUUUGUGUCCCACUCGAGCCGCAAGCGAGUGAGCUUCGUGACAAACGCAGGUUUGAGGAUCAGCGACGUGACUCAAGAGGAUUUCGGCGACUACAUCGUCCACAUCGUCAUCAACAGCAAUUCAUCUUUUGUAACUGACUCCAGAUACGUUUCUCUACACCUGCCAGACCAUGAAUCAGUCGUAGACCGACAAUUACACGCUCGGAUGCUAACGAGCGCCGUGCAGGUGUCCAGAGACUGGCGCGUGCAGCUGGCGUGCAGCGGGUUCGACUCUUGGGGCUCCCUGCGUUUCUCUGUUCUGUGGAGAACUCCAUCUGGACGAUUUGUAAACAGUAGCAUUUCCGGAUUCGGCGAAGAAAUGUUGACCUUGACCAACCCGGUAGAGGAGGGCAACUACUUCUGCUACCUGGACAUUCACGACCCCAUGUCCAGGUGUGCCUACGAUGGUCCCACCUUUGCGGUCAGCAACGAAGUGCACGUGGACAACUGCUCUGUGCAGCAGACGAUUCUUCGUAGUUCGUUUGAGAAACAAAAAGCAGAACUUCAGCUUGUUAUAAAUAGAGGCUCUGUUCGCCUUGUCAACGGAAGUCGACCAUGGAGAGGAAGAGUUGAAGUGUGGUACAACGAAACCUGGGGAACAGUCUGCGACGAUUAUUUCUCUGUGCCGUCUGCUGUUGUCGUCUGCAGAAUGUUACAAUUUCACGGAGAAACUCCUGUUUUGCAACCAAACGUCUUGUAUGGCCCGGGUACGUUGCCGAUUCUCCUUGACGACGUGCGUUGCUAUGGCAACGAAACGAACAUUUUGGACUGUCCUCACCGGCCGAUCGGUGACAACAACUGUGAGCACAGUGAAGAUAUUGCAGUUGACUGCCUGCCGAGGAUUAAAUAAACCUGAAUGAAAAAGAAACACAUGAAUGUUUAGUAGGUCUGACUCACUGACACGCAACUUGUCAAUACUACAGCAAAAGCGGUAUUUAAGGAAAUUGUUUACAAAUAAAUAUUCUUCAUGUUUGAAAUUAUUAUUUUAAUCGUAAAUGGAAUAGGACUGUAUACCUUAUCACUUGAUAAUAAAUGGGUGGGUUUUGCUGGAUGGCUUUUCGUCACAAAUAUCUUUGAUAUCGAGUAUAGUGGAGUGGAGUGGAGUGGAGUUAAUGUGAGGUGAGGUGAGGUGACUUGUACACAAAUGACUGAGCUUUUAAAUGCUGCAUUUAUUUUCUGGUGCCAGUAGCCGUGAAUAAAAAAAUUCACUUCACAGAUUCGUGAAAUGUUGAAGCAGCAAAAGUCCUUGCUGUUUCUGUGUGAACAUCGCCAGGAGAGAAGGAGCGAAAUGAUUGUCAAGUCACAGAACAAGGAGGAACAAAGAAAGAUGGCCUGAGAUCGUCUGUUCCCGUGUGUUUGUGUGACCAUAACAGACAUUUUAUUGGAGAUUUUGCUGGCUAUUGCAUCCAACAAAAUUAGAGGUAACACGGCUAUUACAGAUAAUGAAAGGGAUGGAUGCACAUGCAUGUGUACGUGCUUGGUUAAAUAUGUUUUUUUUGUGUGGAAAGGAUGGAAGAAAGAAAAAAGAUUUUGUCUCUACGUCUAAACAGACUCAGCAUAGAGUUUACAUUCUGAAAUCAAUAAUAAAUGAAAAUAAUCAUGUACUACGAAUAUAAAGAAGUAAAAUUCAUUUAAUUACUUUAUUAGAGAUCAAGUACUAUCGGAGAUAUAGCAGCAUAAACAGUUAUUCGGAAAAAAAGUGUAAUUGUUUUCUUUCAUUUGUCAAAGUUCUUAAAAUGUUUCGCUUAAAUACGUCAGAUGUACAAGAAAAAUAUCAAGCUUAAAUUUACAAUUUUGUUUUAUUCAUAACUCAGUUUUUCUCUAGAAGAAUAUCCUUUAUAUUUUUUUAUCUAUGAUGUGUUCAAGACAACAAUGGCAGAAUUA